CUCUAUAUAUAUUUAUUCUACUUCUCAUCUCAACCAUAACAAUCAUCCUAAGCUUCGAUUCCGAGCUCAUUCCUUAUUCAUCUGUUUUAAUCAUGGCGGAGAAAUCUAAUUCUACUAUUUAUAUAGGAAGCCUGGACGAAAGAGUGAGUGACAAGGUGCUGUAUGACAUUCUCAUUCAAGCAGGUCCUCUUGUUGAUUUAUAUAUCCCCCGGGACAAGGAGACUGAUAAGCCUAAAGGUUAUGCUUUUGCCCAAUACGAAUCGGAAGAGGUAGCUGAGUAUGCUGUCAAACUUUUCUCUGGACUCGUAACACUCUACAAAAGAACGCUGAAAUUUGCAAUCUCUGGCCAAGACAAAUCCGCUGUGAGUUUGCCCAUUGCAACCACACCUGCAGCUAGUUCUUCUAUCAAACCAAGGUCACACCAUUCUUCAUACAACAAUACAGAAAUUUCCUCACAAUCUUCAAGGUCAUCAGAGUCUUGCCGGUUCUCAGAGCAGAAAAUAAAUCACGUACAAGUUCCUUCUGAUAUAUCUGUGCACCAAUCUAAUGGGUAUAGAUCAUACAACAAAAGCACCGAUUACAAAAAUUACAGUGGAAGAGUAUUUGGGGCAGUAUUGGAUAGUGUUAGUCGCAGUAGCUCGAGUCGUUAUGAGACGCGUAAAUCAAUGCAUUAUAAUUCUUCUUACUGAUUAUUGGGUAGAGACUAGGUACAAACCCCAAUAGUCGGAUCCAUCUUGUAUGAAGUGUUGUAGCAUUUGAUGUAGUACUAAUACCUUAGACUGCUAAGCUAUAUAGGUUGCUUUUGUCUGAUGUUGUUCGUGUUCGAGGCAGUUAGCUCUCUGUUUCUAUUUGUUUAAAAAUGUGUUUGUGUUGGAAUGUAUUGUUAUUAUUUUGCGCUUUUUGGUUAAUCAGAUCACACUAAAUUCCUUCUGUCUGUUGUCUUGACUGAAUUGAUGUUUUUGUGUUAAGUGAUCUAUGA